AUGUCAAUACUCAACCAGCUCACAUCCAUCACCAGAGCAGAUAUACCAUUCUUCCUUGGUCUUAUUACUGCAUAUUCUGUUUUCAGAUGGUUCCUCGUUAACAAAGUUUUCGCAACAUUAGGCCGUUUGGCAAAAGUAGACCCAAAGAGAUUAUAUAAGUUCUCCAACAGAUGCUUCGAUCUCCUUCACUACUCAUCCUCUGCAAUCAUUGGUCUCAUCGCUGUUCUUAGCAGACCAUACGCCAAAUGCAUGUUCUGGUCUUAUGACUGUGCUGAUUUCUACAUGCCAACAGAAGAAGCUUUCCAGGUCACAGUCAUGGAAAAGAUCUACGUUCUUAUCUUCUUCUGCUACUACAUCGUUGAUGUGGCAUAUAUCGGUGCUAACACAGGAAUUGCUUUAAUUGCAAUCCACCAUGUUGCCACAUUAUCCCUCGUAUUCGGCUCUAUCAUUCUCCAGGCUCCAGUUGUUUGUGUUAUAAUCAUGAUCCUCCACGACGUUGUUGAUGUCCCAUUGUACACUGGAAAGAUCUGCGCUUACCUCGGUUACAUCAAGAUCAAAGAUUUCACCCUUGUUUCUUUCGCUAUCCUCUGCACAUGGUUCAGAAUGAUCAACUACCCAUUAGUUGCUAAUGCUGCAUGGAAGAACCAGUACCGCGAAGGCAUCAUCUACCCAGUCCUCUACAGAGGUGUCGCUUACUUCUUAUGGGUUUUGUUCUUCUGCCACUGCUGCUGGUUCUACGAUAUCCUUAAGGCUGUUUUACAGAUUGUCCAAGGAAAUCCAAACGCUAUCCGUGAUAAUAGAUCCGACUAA